AUGCUUAUUUUGGCGAUGCUUAACGUAUUCGUCUCUGGUGGCUGCAAUGAAUUUGUACAUUUUUAUAGCAGUCGACCUUCCAAGCACAUCAGGCCUAACAAGCUUUCUUUCUUUCUUUCUUUCUUUCUUUCUUUGUCUUGCUCCGUUAAAUAUUUGAACAAUCAUUUGCCACGUAAAUAUAUAGGAAAACAUUUUUUUAUUCAUAAAUUUAUCUUUUUCCUCUUCAUUAAUUACUCUCUCUAUAUCUAUCUAUCUAUCUAUCUAUCUAUCUCUUUCGUUCUCUUCCUUCUACGCUUCAAAAAACUAUUUCGUAUCGACUCCUUUUUUCUUCGUUGGUUUCCUUUCUUUGUUUUUAUUCUCUAUUUCUUUCCUUCUUCUGCAUGUUUAUAUCUAUUUCUCUAUUCAACCAGUCCUUAUACUCAUUCUUUUCUUUAUUUUCCCCUUUUCUAUUCCUUUUUUCUCUCUAUUUUACUAUCAUCUAAGUUAAUUAAUUUUAUUCGCUAUCCUUUUCUCGUUGUUCAUUCAUUCAAUUUGUCUUUCCUUUCACUCAGCAAUAAAAUCCACGAUCUUAACAUUUCUCUUUCGUUUCCUUCUUUCAAACAAUUCAUCUUUCAUUUCAGCCAUUUUUGUUUCGUAUUGUUUAUUAUUGAUAUUUCUUUCUAUAAUAUUCGUUCAUUUUUUUUCUUCUUUAACUUAAAUUUUAUAUGGUACUAG